GAUGGAAUGAUGUCUGUGGUCCUUCCGACAAGAGGCAUGGAUGGAUUUUUAAAAUCUGACGAGAGACAAAGACUGGCUAAAGAAAGACGAGAGGAAAGAGAGAAAUGUCUUGCUGCCCGGGAGCAGCAGAUCAUAGAGAAACAGAAAAGAGCCAAGCUCCAGUAUGAAAAGCAAAUUGAGGAGCGAUGGCGAAAACUGGAGGAGCAGCGGCAACGGGAGGAUCAGAAGAGGGCCGCCGUGGAAGAAAAGAGGAAGCAGAAGCUCCGGGAGGAGGAGGAGCGGCUGGAGGCGAUGAUGCGCAGGUCCAUUGAGCGCACACAGCAGCUGGAGCUGAAGAAGAAGUGCUCCUGGGGAGGAACGCUGGCCGCAGGGUCUGGAGGCCGCGACGCAUCUGACAAACUUUCAACAUCAACCAUGAACUUGCCAAAGCAGACAGAGACUCCCAUGAGUAAACGCCUGUCUUCAUCCACCGUGACAAUACCCUGUUCUCCAGACCGAGCUCAUCGCAUUCACCUUAGUCCCAUGGAAACCUUUCUUGUUAUGCGACUGUUGACACCCACACAGGCUUCUUUAGCCAGGAGCAGAAGUGCACUCAUGCUCUCUGAGCAGCCCAGUGACUCAGUAUUCCAUGCCUGUCCUCGUGUAGCUCCUGUUGGCCCUCUCAAAUCUUCUUACAAGUCUUCUCCCACUCGAAAUGCCGAGAGGAGGAAGACCACAUCUACAUCUGGCGUAGGAGAUUCAGGAAAAGGAGCCCCUGCAGGAGCUGAGGCCCCUCAGAUGGAGAAGUCAAAGAGGGAGCCUCGAACACUAACUUCCAUGACCGGCAUGGGCCUGGGAUCCCCUCUGAGAAAAUGUGACUUUCCAACAGGACUUUCUAAGAGAUCGUCUUCUCCUGUGACAUCCAAGUUAACUUCCAAAGCAUAUCCACCAUCUCCAAAGAAUGUGAAGCCACCAUACCUAGGGUCGCCGGUGAGAUACCGUCUUCCCUCUUUUUCCAACCGAGAGAUUCCCAAGAAGAAGGCAGAGAAGGAGAAGACCAACAAGGAAAGGGAAAGUGCCACUGGCCAGCAGGCAUUUGGUGCACAUGGAGAGGACGUCCCCGAGAAGCACGUUGUGGACAAGCACACCACUGAGAAGCUUGCUGCUUCUGGAGGGAAGGCUGAGAGCGUUGAAGGUAGGCCUUCCUCAUAGACGCUGCCAUCUGGGGCCUUGGGGAAGCCCACAGCAGGCACCACUGACGCUGGAGAGGCCUCAAAGAUCUUGGCUGAGAAGAGACGACAGGCCCGGCUGCAGAAGGAGCAGGAAGAGCAAGAACGACUGGAGAAGGAAGAACAAAACAGGCUGGAGAAAGAGGAGUUGAAAAGAAAGGCAGAGGAGGAAAGGCUUCAUCUAGAAGAAGCAGCCCGUAAACGGGAAGAGGAAAGGAAACGGCAGGAAGAGGAAGAUAAAAGAAAAGCACUAGAGGAGGCCAAGCGCAAGGCUGAGGAGGAGCUAUUUUUGAAAGAAAAACAAGAAAAAGAACAGCAAGAAAAAGCCAUGAUUGAGAAGCAGAAAGAAGCAGCAGAAGCAAAGGCCCAAGAAGCAGCUAAGCAGAUGCGUCUAGAGAGAGAACAGAUAAUGCUGCAGAUUGAGCAGGAGCGACUGGAGAGGAAGAAGAGAAUAGAUGAAAUCAUGAAGAGAACAAGGAAGAGUGACGUGUCUCCAGAAGUGAAGAAAGAAGACCCUAAAGUGAGGAUUCCGCCUGUUGUGUGUGUGGAAAAUAAGACAAAACCAGUUGUACCCAACAAAAUUGAAAUCAACGGAUUGAACACCUGCCAGGAAGUGAAUGGUGUAGGGCGCACUGCCCCAGAAACUUUUCCCCGAGACAUUUUCGCUAAUGGGCUUAAGCCAGUUGCAGGACUUAUUCAUCUGGACGCCCUUGAUGGGAAAUCAAAUAGUCUGGAUGAUUCCACUGAAGAAGUUCAGUCUAUGGAUGUGAGUCCUGUUUCCAAAGAAGAGCUUAUCUCCAUCCCAGAAUUUUCACCAGUGAAUGAAAUGAUUCCUGGGGGAUCUCUGGACCAAAAUGGAACUGGUAAUGCCCGAGCGCUUCAAGAUCUCUUAGAUUUCACUGGCCCUCCAGCAUUCUCCAAGAGAUCCAGUGAGAAUCUCACCCUGGAUGACUGUAACAAAAACCUGAUUGAAGGAUUUAACAGUCCUGGCCAAGAAAAUACCCUGAACACCUUCUGUUGACUAAUCCAACAUCUCUUUAAUGAAAGGUGGUGUUUGGAGCACCCGUGAAGCUGCUGGUGGUCCUGUAUGAGCUGCUGCCU